CCACCAGAGUCAACAUGUCUCAGCAUCAGAAGGGUCUGGGAUGCCCACAGGAUCAAUGCCUUCAAGCCUGCAGUGAGACCCCGGACCUGGAGGUCACACAGGUCUCCCAGGCUCUCGAGGAGACCCAUCUCUCCUCCCAUUCUGUAAUGCCUGGCAGUUUGAAGGAGGAUCCUGAUGUUGGUAAACCCAGUACGUCUGAGGGUCCCCAGGGUUUCUGCUCAUCUGCUGUUGCCAGCACAGCAACCUCAUCCACCGAAUUGGAUGAGGGCUCCGUGAGCCGAGAAGAGGAUAGUCCAGGCACCUCACAAGCUGCACCAGACACCGAGAAUGUGUCCAUUGAUGCUCUAGAUAAUAAAGUGGCUAUGUUGGUGAAUUUCCUGCUGCUCAAGUAUCAGAUGAAAGAGCCAAUAACCGAGGAAGAGAUGUUGAAGAUUGUCGACAAUUGCCAAGCCCACUUCCCUGAGAUCCUCAUGAGAGCCUCUGAGCGCAUGGAGAUCAUCUUUGGCCUUGAUCUGCAGAAAGUGGAUCCCGCCAACCACCGCUAUGACCUCCUCAUCAAAUUGGGCCUCACCUAUGAUGGGAUGCUGCAUGGUGAAGUGGGCAUGCCCAAGACUGGCAUCCUCAUACUUAUCCUGGGUUUGAUCUUCAUGAAGGGCAACCGUGCCACUGAAGAUGAAGUCUGGGAAGUUCUGAGUGUGACCGGGAUAUAUUCUGGAAGGAAGCACUUUAUGUUUGGGGAGCCCAGGAAGCUUAUCACUGAAGAUUUUGUGAAAGAAAAAUACCUGGAGUACCGUCAGGUGGCCAACACUGAUCCUGCCCAGUUUGAGUUCCUGUGGGGCCCCAGAGCCCAUGCUGAAACCACCAAGAUGAAGGUCCUGGAGUUUCUGGCCAAGGUUCAUGGGACUGACCCAAGUUCUUUCCCAUCUCAGUAUGAGGAGGCUUUGCAAGAUGAAGAAGAGAGAGCCCAAGCAAGUUCAGCCAGACGACUCUCCUUCCAUGGCUACCCCAAGUUCUAAUAUCAAGGCCAA